UGAACAUGUAUGAGUGAGUACUUUCUACCACUACAAAUGAUUUUGAUUAUAGAAAUACUCACAAUUGCUCCGAAGUAUCAUGCACACGGCUCAUCCGCCUGCCGAUGAAUCGAGUUCGAUGACAGCGAAACAUCGUACCUGUUUCGUCGAUUUAUGGUAUAACAUGAAGUGGAGCGUUGGCAGCUGUGUUCGCAGCUUGAAUCGAGCCUCGCUUUAGUUGUGGUAUCAAUGUGCUAGCCUUUGAGUUCCGCAUGUUGACGCAAGGCUCAUCAAGGAGAUAGGAGGAACGGUCUCGAAGCGCAUCCGCGAAUACAAUCAGACUGUUUCGCUAAACUAUCGAGUCCUUGCGGUAACGACAUAGAAACUCACGUAAAACAAUACGAAUGCUGGAAGAUCAAGAUAAGUAACUUAGAAGUUCGCCGUGAAGAACUACCAGUCGUAACAGCAGCAAGAACAACCAUCAGACGAGCCGAAAUUGCUGUCCUGUGGGAACAAGAGACGACACCUGUACUGACGCCAACAGCAAUAAAUUCUUGGUGAUAGAUUGCAACAAAUUGGUGAAAAGAUGCGUCUAGUAGUCAAGGAGACCCCGGAUGCUCACACGGCAGUAGUAACUGGCCUGGCUUGGGCUAAAACAGAAAAGCAGUUUGAGCUCUUUACAUUACGGCUAGAGAUAGAUCUUCAUCUCUGUGUUCCCAGAUAGAAGUUCAUCCCUGUGUUCUUACGGCUGACCUUAGAAGGUCAGCGCUUACUUCCAACUCUUCUCCUAGUGCAGUUCAGCCUGGUGCGUACCAGGCUGAGCAUGCCUUGUUGAAGACCAGAGAUAGUUCCUGUGUUCCCUGUAGUUCCGUUAGCCCUGUGUUCCCUGAAGUUCCGUUAGCCCUGUGUUCCCCUUCCCUGUAGUUCCGUUAGCCCUGUGUUCCCCUUCCCUGUAGUUCCGUUAGCCCUGUGUUCCCCUUCCCUGUAGUUCCGUUAGCCCUGUGCUCCCCUUCCCUGUAGUUCCGUUAGCCCUGUGCUCCCCUUCCCUGUAGUUCCGUUAGCCCUGUGUUCCCCUUCCCUGUAGUUCCGUUAGCCCUGUGCUCCCCUUCCCUGUAGUUCCGUUAGCCCUGUGUUCCCCUUCCCUGUAGUUCCGUUAGCCCUGUGCUCCCCUUCCCUGUAGUUCCGUUAGCCCUGUGCUCCCCUUCCCUGUAGUUCCGUUAGCCCUGUGUUCCCCUUCCCUGUAGUUCCGUUAGCCCUGUGCUCCCCUUCCCUGUAGUUCCGUUAGCCCUGUGCUCCCCUUCCCUGUAGUUCCGUUAGCCCUGUGUUCCCCUUCCCUGUAGUUCCGUUAGCCCUGUGUUCCCCUUCCCUGUAGUUCCGUUAGCCCUGUGUUCCCCUUCCCUGUAGUUCCGUUAGCCCUGUGUUCCCCUUCCCUGUAGUUCCGUUAGCCCUGUGUUCCCCUUCCCUGUAGUUCCGUUAGCCCUGUGUUCCCCUUCCCUGUAGUUCCGUUAGCCCUGUGUUCCCCUUCCCUGUAGUUCCGUUAGCCCUGUGUUCCCCUUCCCUGUAGUUCCGUUAGCCCUGUGUUCCCCUUCCCUGUAGUUCCGUUAGCCCUGUGUUCCCCUUCCCUGUAGUUCCGUUAGCCCUGUGUUCCCCUUCCCUGUAGUUCCGUUAGCCCUGUGUUCCCCUUCCCUGUAGUUCCGUUAGCCCUGUGUUCCCCUUCCCUGUAGUUCCGUUAGCCCUGUGUUCCCCUUCCCUGUAGUUCCGUUAGCCCUGUGUUCCCCUUCCCUGUAGUUCCGUUAGCCCUGUGUUCCCCUUCCCUGUAGUUCCGUUAGCCCUGUGUUCCCCUUCCCUGUAGUUCCGUUAGCCCUGUGUUCACUGUAGUUCCGUUAGCCCUGUGUUCCCUGUAGUUGCGUUAGCCCUGUGUUCCCUGUAGUUCCGUUAGCCCUGUGUUCCCCUUCCUUGUAGUUCCGUUAGCCCUGUGUUCCCUGUAGUUCCGUUAGCCCUGUGUUCCCUGUAGUUCGAUUAGCAUUUUUACGGCUACACCAGUUCAUCGCUGGUGGGUGCGUCCCUGUUAAAGUAUUUCCCGGACUCACUUAAGUACUUAGUACGGCAAAAGAGGACAACAUCAUGGUGGAAAAUGAUGUAUCGGUCACUUAGCGCAGUCGAUUAGCGCAAUCCAUCUCUAAUCAAUUGCGCAGACGACCAAACAGUGAAAAGAUGGGACCACGACGGAGAAAGAGCAGUGACAAAGGUGGAUUGCCCCAGCUACUGCACUGCUUUGGAUAUUUUACCGUUAAGAAGAGAAUAAGUCUUUCUAUUAUCGGUAGACCACAGAAUAAGACGAAAGGCACGUCUCACUUUUCUAGUUUGCAUGAGGAGGUCUAACUGGCAAGUCUACUAGAGUGCUUCUUAUUCUUUCACUAUUAUCCUAUUGUCGGUAGACCAGCACUCUGACUUUACUCCUCCUCUAACACCCGCAUCCGCUGACGGUCUAGUUGCCGUCUCUUUCUCAGACGGAAGUUUUGCACUGUAUACAAAAGCAGGGCGCGAAGAUAAGAGGAUUCCUAACGCACAUAGAGGAGGGAUCACAACAGUACUGAUUAGUAAUUUUGAUACUUUUCAUCUGACCACUCGUCUUCUUACCUUCUGAAUCGAUAAGAAAGUAUUUACACGGGCCUAGUACAGGGUCUCAACACCAAGAGCGUAAGUACUAGAAAAUUGACUUCUUUCUCAUAUUUUUAUAAAUAUUCAUGAAUUCGAACAACCGGUUAGUUUUUACCUCUACAAACUUAGGCUCGCUUAUCCCGUGCAACAAUAUAUUCAUGAAUUCGAACUUCAUCCUUCACCCCUUGCUCCCCAUCAUACGAACAUCCCACAACCGGCACGACAGAUAAAAUGGAACUACGAGGGGAGUGCGAUAGUAACGGGAGGGGAGGAUGGUCUCUGCAAGGUCUGGUCGAAGAGUGGGAUGCUCAGAUCGAGUGUAGCACAACAGGCGCAUCCCAUAUACGCGGUCGCGUGGAGUCAGGAUUCCGAAUCUCUAGUUUUCUGCUGCGAAAAGAGUCUCACCUGUAUAUCAGUGCAGGCAGGCCAAAAACAAACGAGCUGGAAAGCACAUGACGGUACUUAAUUGGAAAAAUUGGACUUCUUGUUAGGUCCGUUUGGCUAUACAUCUGCACUUCAAAGCCAAAAGGCGAAUAACACUCCAAGAUUUCGAUUUUGUUUUGAUGGUUCUACAACUUAGUACGCUAAAUUAGACUCCUAUGUAUCUUAUCAGGGCUGAAUUCGACUUCUAUCUUGUUAGGGCUACUAAAUUAUACGCCAAACAAGGUAUCGUUCUCUGUUGCGACUGGAGUGCAUCGAGUGGUGGCCUCAUCGUCUCUGGAGGCGAGGAUUGCAGGUAUAAGGUGUGGGAUUCAUACGGCAGAUUGCUAUUUAACUCCCAGCAACACGAGCACGUGAUCACCAGUGUAGCAUGGGCACCGGAUGGGAAGACCUUUGCAUUAUGGAUGUCAUGAUGAUACUGUGGAAUAGUGAGUACUAGUAGGGUAGACGCUUAAAGUAGGUCGGACGAUAGGUGUAGAUUUGUGGCCGAAUGUACGGCCUUAUGCGCCCCCAGUAUGUAAUUUGUAUGACAUUAGUUGAGCGUGUUAAUUAGUUGAUUGAAAGGGCGGCGGCAUCACAGAUACACACAUGACAUAGGUAGCUGGUUUGAAUUUUCAGACAUAGAUAGCACAUAGACAUAGAGCUGUCCAACCCAAACUAAGAACAAAUGAAUUGACAAUCUCAAAAUGAUCUUUUUCUAAUCCCAGUAGGCGCUUUCAAUCUAUUGAAACUCUGUGACAGAAGUGGAUGGAGCCACGUUAGGGAGACGACAAAUACUGGGAGUAUCUUCAGUAUCAGAUGGUCCUUGGAUGGGACAGGCUUUGCGGGAGCUGGAGGUCUUAAUACUAGAAUGUCUGCUUUCAUCAUUUUCGUGUUGUUAGAGGAAAGAUUUCUGAUGUGGAGACGUUUGUACUGUGCCAAGAGUAGAUUGUGAAGCAGUGAAGUUGCUCUUUUGGAUGAACUACUGUUUUUUGUGCUCGACAAAGAGCAAGACGGACACAUUAAAGGAAUCUCCAACGAACCAGGUAACGGCUCCCUAGUAUUCGGCAAUCUAGUGGACCGCAGUAUGAGCUGGCAGAGCCUGGACGUAGCGCUGGAUAGCAGCUUAAACACGCUUGUUAAGGCUGGUAGUCUUCGUCCUCAUGCUAGAGUCUCUGAAAGUUCACCUCGGAGAAGAAUUGGAUUUCAGGGACGCACGGCACCUCCCCUGUGGCUGGCCCUGUGGCUUUUCGAAAUCUUUCUUUUCGAAAUCUUUCUAGUUUCGAAAUCUUUCUUUUCGAAGUCUUUCUAGUUUCUAUCCCUACUGAUAGUUUCUAGUUUCUAGCUUCUAGUGUCCCUGUCUAGUUUCUAGUUUCUAUCCCCACUCCACUCUCUGAGCCACUCUCUCUCUAAGCUCCUUGUCCGCGACUUGCUGCAUGAAACGAUCGAAGAAUUGGAUUUCAGGGACCGGGUUAUCGAGUUUUCGGUGGCGCAUGAUCAUCUAGUGGUGGUCACGAAUUACCAGGUUUUUAUAUACGCCAUCACGAAAGGGAUUUUGAAUUUAUGGCGAAGGUGGACAGUGUAUCUGUAUGAUGUUUGUAAUGUUGUGGGUCUGGAUCAUUGGCGUGGUGUUGGAUGAAAUACAGAAUAAUAAUUAUAUGGUCGUCGGUCCUCUAGAUUUCGAUGGUGAUUCAGAUAUACUGAUAUAAUCAGAGAUCAUUGUUCGUUGAUAUACGAAGCGUAGCAAACGGGGGCAGCCAAGUUGGACUUGAGAAGUCACUGUCACUCACUGUCACUCACUGUCACUCACCUGUCAGUCAUACGUAUAAGCUAGUGCACAUACGACCGCUUUCUUCCUUGUCCCUCCCUUCCUUCAUUUCCCACAACGCCACAAGUCGAAGACUUAAAGGAAGCUCCUACGCUGAUUCUGCAGUCCGUUGGCGUCUUCGCCUUAGCAGAUUCUCAGGGACUCCACGUUUUGUCCUAUGAAGCCAGAUCACUGCAGAGGCUACGGUAUCAAGGCAUGCGUGUGGAAUUUUUCACGGAGAGUAUGGCUGAGGGAGUGAAUGGACUAAAUUUGGAUGUUGCAUUGUCGUAGUCCUUAAUGCAUGGAGGACAUUUUUGGAAGUUUGUUAGUCGUGAUAUUUUCAUAAUAUAUAUAAAGAUGCAGUUGUGAAUGAAGCCUUUCAGCUCGUUUGUAUCUCUCCUCCUCCUCCUCCACUCUUUUUCUUGUAGUACGCAGCUGUCGUGAUACGGCAAUAUACCUCCUCAACUGCCUUACCCUUUCAUUCCAAAAACCGUCUCGCUCACUUCGGAUAUGGUGGCUGUCGUGGAGAAGAAUAGUGUGCGUUUAUUCGACCUUCAUACGGGAAAGCAAGUGAUGUCUGUGGACCAUAAGCAGGAAAUCACGCACGUCGCACUCAGUCAACACAGUGGAGAGGGCAAACGGUUUGUGGCAAUAUUAGACAAAAACAAGGACCUCUACCUCUUCCCGGCUCACAAACCACAUUUGGAGAAGCUGGGGAGUAUGGUAGACGACUUCCUGUGGAACGACGCAACGGAUAUGCUAGUGGCGUUGGUACUAAGAAGUUAUAAGUAUGAGCAUCCACCACCACCACCACCACUCACCUACUACGACCACCACCACCACCACCACCAUCACCACUCACCUACUACCACAGUGCAACUUGCUAAUUAUACCUAUAAUAUCUUUUCCUAACAACUAGCUGAUCUGAAUUUCCAACAACGAACUACAACCUGAUGUCACUUUCUCUGUUAGCCCACCUAGAACUCCUCUCAUCUUCUCCGCCUCCACCUCCGCCAGGUCGACCAAACUCUUUCGUGUUUCCUCUAUCCUUCGGUUGUCUUUGUCGACAAUACCUUGCUGCCGCUGACGGUGGCUACCAAGCCAUGCGACGCGGGGAAUUUUGCACAAUUGGUCUCCUUCCACGGUCCCCACGUGUUGAUACGGAAGGCGGACGGCAGCAACGUAGCGGCCAUGCUAUCGCCUUACCCGCUACUGCUCUACCACCAUAUCGAACGAGGUGCGUGGGACUUGGCGAUACGGCUCUGCAGGUUCUUUUACAUAUUCAUUGCGUUGGACUUGGCGAUACGGCUCUGCAGGUUCUUUUACUCAUUAAUUGCGUCAAAGUCACCACUUACAACAGGAACAUUUGAAGACAUCGCCCACCGCCUACUCUCUCAGAGACUAGACUGAUGUCCUUUCUACACUCUUACUCCACCGAAAUACUGAUCUUAGAAAGUCCUAGGUUCAUCUUAUUACUAAUUGCGUUCCACUUGGCUGGUUCUUUUACUUAAUUGCGUUGGACUUGCGAUAGGUGGAUGAGGAUUUCGAUCAUUCCAACCCAUUUCUUUGUCUAAAUGAAUGGAUCUUGAAACUAAACCUUCCACAGGUUCGUGAAACAGAGUGAGUGUUGGGCUUGCUUAGCCUGCCAGGGAAUACAGGCUCGAGAAUUGAACACCGUGGAAAUAGCACUAGCCGCCAUAAACGAGAUAGACAAAGUGCAGUAUGUGGCCUACAUCAACAACUUGCCGGACGAAGUGCUGAAGACGGCUGAUUAUGGAAUACAAGAUUUGAGUAGUUGCUUACAUGCUGACUCCCUCCUCUCUACUGUUGAUUGCGAAACGUGGUACUGUGCCCCUUUUGGUGGCCAGAAAACAGGCGGGUUCGUAGAGAAUAGAAUGAUAGAGGAGCACCAAGCUCCGCCUGCCGCCGGUUUGCGAACUGGAUAAAGCUGAGGCCGCUCUUUCAGUAGCCCCAGGAUACAAAAAAAAAAGAAAACAUUUUUCUGAAAUCUCCAAAUCCAAAUCCAAUGUUGAUGUUGUAUCAAGGUGGACAUCGUAUUUAUAUCUCUCCUGCUCAGACUGACACGAAGACAGAGGAAGUCUUGAUAUUUUUAGAAACUGUCUACUUUCUUACAUGCUUUGUUCGCAUCUACACAAGAAUGAUCUUAAAGUUAAAGUAUAAGCAUAAAUUUUCUAUCCUCUGGUUCCCGUUUGCUUUACUUCUUGCUUUACCUUUGUGCUUCUUCUAACCCCAGCUCGCGCUCUUUUGCAAGAAGCCUGAUGAGGCACUUUCAACGUUGCUAUCACACCGAAGAAUAUUCAGGGCUAUCAAGAUGUGCAUACGGCUGCACAGAUGGGAGCAAGCUUUGGAUUUGGCGGUCCAAAACAAAACGCAUGUGGAUACGGUAAUUAUAGGUGGAUUUGGUAAUUGCUAGAAUAAAUUAGUUGUGUCUCUAGUACUGGUAGAGGGAGCUUGAACCAACUAUACAAGAAGUGUCUCAUGUUUGUUCUUCUUCUUGUCAUUCUCCAAGGCGCGUGCCAGUUGCACACUAAUACCUCAUCCUCCCUACCUUAGGUCCUCGCCUACCGCGCAAGGCACUUGAAGCAGAUGCGGCACGUGGAGGGAAGCGAGAAAUUCAAGCAAUAUGCCGCGGAAGUGCCGCACGACUGGGAAACGGUACAGGCAAAGAUCGCAAUGGAGAAGGAGCGAGAGAGGAAUUAAUUUGAAUUUGCUGUAAUGAAUUUCAAUUCUUGCUCGAUAAAAGAGAAGAUGAGGAGAAAGCUCGAUGUAGUAGUAGUAGAUGUCUUACAAGAAAGGAAAAAAGAUAAGACCACUGAUGUCGAUUGUAAAAAAGCUACGCUGUCUUACAAAUUAAGUGCCGCGUCCACGAUUUCCAUCGACUAGAACUAGAUCGCUUCCAGUUCCAUGUAACUGCAAUACAUGAUGACUCCUCCUGAUAGACUAAGACUACUAGUACCAGUAAAUAACUCCUUUUUGCGAAUUCCUUUCUAGGCGUCGGCUUUUUGAGUAAGAUCAAACGCCACAAAUUAGGAUGAAUUCUUAUCGCAGUUGCAACUUUUUUAUGGGAAAAUAAACUAAACCACGCAAUAAAUGAAAAUGAAUCUUUGUAGUUACCAGCACUCUUCAGCUUUCAUAAGUCUUUUUUUUCGAUGCGAACCAAUACAGACAGAACUCUGAUUGGGAGAGUGG